UGUUACUACCAGAUAGUAAAAGCAUGGCGGCCACCGGUGCAGGAAAAACCAUGGACAAGGAAAAGAAAUACGAUCGUCAACUAAGGCUGUGGGGAGACCAUGGCCAGGCAGCACUUGAGGCAUCCCGGGUGUGUCUGGUGAAUGUAACAGCCACUGGCACGGAAACACUCAAGAACCUCAUCUUACCAGGUAUCGGCUGGUUUACCAUCAUUGAUGGUGGUAAAGUGACCGGAGAGGAUGUGGGCAACAACUUCUUCCUUGAGAGAGACAGCAUUGGAAAGUCUCGUGCAGAAGUGGCUACAGAGUGUUUGUUGGAGCUGAACUCAGAUGUGCGUGGGGAUUUCAUUGAUGAGAACCCAGAGCACCUGUUGGAAGCCAACCCGGAGUUCUUCCGUUCCUUCAGUUGUGUGAUUGCGGCACAGAUGCCUGAGAGAACCCUGUUGAGCCUGGCGUCCGUGCUGUGGAACUAUGGGAUACCUCUGCUGGUGUGCCGCUCCUAUGGCCUGAUUGGUUACAUGCGAGUCGUGGUGAAGGAGCACACAGUGAUCGAGUCCCAUCCAGACAAUGCACACUCUGACCUGAGACUGGACCGGCCUUUUCCAGCUCUGGCUGCUUAUGUGGAUGCUGUAGACAUGGACUCUCUCAGCAAGAAGGAUCACAGCCACACCCCCUUCCCAGUCAUCCUGCUAAAGAACUUGAUCCAGUGGAGGAAAGAGCAUGAAGGAAAUAUGCCCAAGAACUACAAGGAGAAAGGUGUCUUCAAGGAGAUGGUGAGGAAAGGAAUGUGGGAGAAUGAGGAGGGGCCAGGAGAGCCGGAGGAGAACUUUGAAGAAGCCAUCAGACACACCAACACAGCUCUGGUACCAACUAGGAUUCCCAGUGAGAUCCAGACCUUAUUUGAGGAUGAAGGCUGCAGGAACCUUAAUGCAGAGAGCUCAGACUUUUUUGUGAUGACAAAAGCAUUGAAAGAGUUUGCAGAAAAUGAAGGGAAGGGAGCCCUCCCAGUUAGAGGGGCCAUUCCAGACAUGUUUGCAGACUCUGAGCGGUACAUCCAACUUCAAAACAUCUACAGGGACCAGGCUAAACAGGAUGCUUCAGUGGUGGCCUCCAGAGUUACUCAGAUCUUGUCUUCCAUUGGAAGGCCGUCACACUGCAUUUCAGAAGAGGCCAUAAGGUUAUUUUGCCGGAAUGCAGCUUUCUUGAGAGUGGUGAGGACUCGAUCAUUGGAAGAAGAGUACAACCCAGAGAAGGCCUGUGUGAAUGAAAUGGGUGUGCAGUUGGAGAACCCAGACAGUGAGAUCACCCUGUAUAUCAUGCUGAGGGCUGUGGACAAGUUCCAACAGCAAUACGGCAGAUAUCCAGGUUACUAUGAUGAUCAAGUUGAAGCUGAUAUCCCUAAACUGAAGGCAUGCAUGUGUGGGCUGUUACAGGAGUGGAGUCUCAGCCCUUAUAUCAAGGAUGAAUAUGUACAUGAAAUGUGCAGAUACGGAGGGUCCGAACUCCACUCAGUAGCUGCCUUCAUGGGAGGAGCUGCAGCUCAAGAAGUCAUCAAACUGGUGACCAAGCAGUUUGUGCCCUUCAACAACACCUACAUCUACAAUGCUAUGAACUCAUCCUCUGCCACCUACACGCUCUGAUCUACUAAGCUGUGCAACACUCUUAAAGCAGUUACUUCUGUGUUCGGAUAAGAAACGAGAUUUGUUUUCAGUGCAAGAAAAUGCCUACGGAUUUGAUGUUUCUGUGGGACUGUAUUGUAGCAAUGUUUUGGAACUUAUAAUGAUAUAUUCGUAUAAAGAAAUCCAUGCAGAGAUGUGUAUGAAGUUACUGUAGAGGAUAUUUGGAAGCUAUUGUGAUAGCAAGUAAGCUACGGUUACUUGUCAGUCUCGAUGGAAAUCUUUUGAAGUUUCAAAACAUAAAUAUUUGUUGUCCCAUGUCGGGUGUGUGUAGAAUAGGCAAGCUAGAAGCCUUGCGCAUUUACAUAUUGGUUCAUAAUAUACAAUGAAAAAUAAUCAUUGUUGUAUUAUACUA